UGCCACAUCUUAGGAACAUCAGUAUUGUAAAUUCUUGGGGUGUGACAGUUUAUUUGAUGGAUUUUACAGAUUCUUUAAUGACACAUUGUUUGAGUGAUAGUUGGGAUUUUUAAGAAAUGCAAUUAUUUGGGGUUUGUAAUAACUGUAAAUUUGGGGUUAUUUUUAGUUCUUGAAGGUUAUACAUGAGUUAUUGAGUUAUGUUUCUUUUUUAUUAAUUGUUUAAAAAUUUCUAAAUUUGGGGUUACUGAGAACUACAAAUUUGGGGGUUUUAUUAGAACUCGAAAUGAAUUAACCGACAAUUUGAAAUCAAUAGCUUAAGAUAGCUAAAUGUGUCGUUGGAUGUUGCCUUUAUAUUUGAAACUGUAUAACUUAUGCUUUAUUGGGUUUGCAAUUUGAAAUGAUUAGUUUAUAACUAAAAAUUUUGGGGUUUAUAUAUAGUUGAAUGGGUUUGUAUUUUGUGACUGUAUAUAAAUGAAUCCGUAUGGAAUUUGAAAUCUAUAGCUUUAUAUAGGACCCUAUGUUAUUGGAUGUUGCAGUUGUCUUUGAAAAUGUAUGAGUUAUGCUAUGUUGGACUUGGAAUUUGAAAAUGAGUAGCUUAAUACAGAUUGUUAGAUGUUACUCUAUGUUGUUGAAUGUUGUUGUCUAUAUUUUGUUGUAAUUAACAUUUGGGUUAUAAUAAAUGCAAAAAACAAUCGUUGUCUUUAAUUUUUUUCCCUUUGAACCAAUAUCUUAGUUGUCAGAAACGGUGCCUCAGUUGUUGAUUUUUUUGAUUUCUCAUAGCUAUAUCGGCUUAUAAUGAAUGGGUGUGGGUUUUGUAAGUUGAAAUUUCUUAUAGCAUAUAUUUUGAAUAGGUACAUAGAUGGUACAAAGAUGAAUACGUACAUAGUUGGUAUAGAACAUUGUUUUGGUUAUCAUAUAAGAACAAAAAUUUUGCAUUCAUUAUUUCAUGCCCAUUCCAUUGUUAGUGAUAUAUGAUUUACUGAUAUAUGGAUUGGAUAUGAGUUGCAAUGUGUUAGUAACUCCAUUUAUAAUUUGGCUUGCUAUUUACCUUGAACAUUUUGUAAAUGCUUGUAGGUUUAGGAGUAUAUAGGUAAUAAAUAAGUUUAUGCAUACUAUAUGUAAAUAUGAGUCGUAUUUGAUAUGUAAAUUUAUUAUCAUAUUCUUUUGUUAGAGUAGUAUUCUAUAUACAAAUGCAUGAUGCAAUUUUAAAAUACAUGAUGAGUUAUUUUUGUCUCAAUUUCAGUGAAUAUGAGUCGUGUCCAUUCAGAGGGGGAUACCCAGGAGGUCAUCAGAACCCUAGUUUGCUACAGCUUCACCCAAAACAUUCAUCAUAUUUCAUAUGGGAAUGACAUGUAUAGGCAUAUAUUCAUAUGCUCUUUUCAUUAGUUUGUUAUUUUUCAAUAAAUUGUAGUUUGUUUCAACAUCAUAUGGGAAAUACAUGUGUAUAUUUAUUGUGACUCAUAUGUUUUCUCUUUGUUGUACUCCAUGAAAAACAUGAAAUUAGAAUCGAUGAGAAGACUUUUCAAUUAAACGAUUGAUAUAUAACCAAUGAGCAAGUUCAAUUAGUGAACACGUCUGGGUUGGGUGCUCUAUCUAUCAUCCUCCCAAGUCGAAUUGAUCAUGCUUUGGUCGCAGCCAAUGCAGAGAGGUGGUGUUCUGAGACAAAUUCAUUCCAUUACAACAUUUAAAUUGGUGGAGAUGACACCAACUUUAUUUGAUGUGUACGAGAUUUUAGGACUGGCUGUGGAAGAUGAGCCUGUUCUAUGUCGUCCUCUUAGUGACCUCCGGGAGUUCAUAGAAAACAAUUUGGGUAUAAUCACCACUGGAGGCAACCUGACAACCAUUAAGCAUUCAUGGUUGAAGGAAAAUUUCAGGGAAUUGCCACCUUAUGCAACCCCUGUGGAAGUACUUAGAUAUACUUGAGCCUAUCUGCUCUUCCUCAUCAGCGUUACCAUUUUCGCUGCUGCGUCAGUUGCAACAGUGCCAACGAGAUACUUACAAGUCUUUGAAGAUAUUGAGGAAGCUGGGAGAUAUGCUUGGGGUGCUGCAGCCCUCGCAUUUCUUUAUUGAUCCUUUGGAAAAGCUUGUACAUUCAAGCAAAGAAAUUUUAGUUGUUCUGCCCCUAUUAUGCAAGCAAAGUUAAUUUUUGUAUAGACAUAAGCAUAAUAGUUUAGAUUACUCAGAAAUAAUAUUUAUUACUUAUCAUGUCUUGAUGUAAUGCAGUGUUGGUCUUAUGAGCAUAUUAUGCAUAUGAGGCUCAUACUGCAUAAUAUCUCUCCAAAUAUGCCUUGGACAAAAAAAUGGGAUCCAUCAAAGAACUAUUAUGGCAAUCCACAUAACUUGAUGCCUCCCAUUUGACCAGAAUUAGAUAACCUCCAACCUAAUGAGGUUAGUGUGUACUUUGAUAUUAAUUACUUUCAAUUGUAUUAAAGUAGUUGUAGUUUUUAUUGUUGACUAAUUGCCGUAUGUGUGAUUGCAUAUAAUAUAACAUGCAAUAUAGAAUCUCUAUUUCAAGCAUGAUGAGGACAUUUCAGAAGAUAGGCAUCAGGCAUUCGAAACUGCAAUGUGCAUAACGAUGCUUAUCUUUGACAAUAUUGCCCAGCCGUACAUACCAGAUCGUGUUUGCCGGUAAUUUGGAGCUAAGCAAGGCAUUCCAAGAAAUCCCACUUCUGUUAGUAAGAGGUAAAGCAAAUUGGGUAGCAAGAUUGGCGAAAUGUCAAUUCAGACAAAAUCCAUAAUUGGUUCUUGCCAUGAUCACAUGAUAGCAGACAUUAAAGUCGAUACUACCAAUGGGUUGCCCUCAGAGGAGUACAAGGUCUGCUACAGCCGAGUGUCCCAUCCUAUAAUACAUAAUGUCUCUAAUCCACCAAAAGACAUAUUGCAACCUCAAGACCAGGAAGAAGAAGAGGUGGUUCCUGCACAUGAACCACAAUAUAUAAUGAGACCUCGAGGAUAUAAAGAUCAGUUUGUUAGUGCAGUUCAGGCCAGUACAACCAUGUUAGCAGAGGCACUUACACUUAGACAGAAGUGGUAUCCUAAAGUUUAUAAUCGCGUUAACAAUAAGUUUGAAAUGCUGUCUAAGUUUGUGCCUGUCGACAUGGUUGAUAUAGAAGCUAGGCUGAAAACAUGACAAUGUCAAGUUAAUGACGAAACUGUACAAGAAGAGGGCGGACGAGAUGUAGUGGGUGAAAGUAGUCGGCCUAUAAAAGACUUGGCUCCAUUCACACAACCUACAGUUGAAGAGCCCAAAAGACAUAAGAUGCGAAAGAAGCAGUAUCAGCCGAAGAGAAGGCGGCCAGCAUAAAUAUCUUAUUUGGCAAUGCAAUGGUCAUCGAAUACAUUUGUAAUGUAUCGAAUACAUUUGUAAUGUUAUG